UCGACAACCUCUUGCAUCUCUCUCUCUCUCUCUCUCUCUCUCUCGGAUCGACAAUGGCGGCCGCUUGCCAGAAGCUCUUCGAGAUGGGCACGAAGAUCAUAGCCGUGGGGAGGAACUACGCGGCUCAUGCCAAGGAGCUCGGCAACGCCGUUCCCAAGGAGCCGGUGCUGUUCAUGAAGCCGACCUCUUCAUACCUCCGCAACGGCGGGACCAUUGAGAUCCCACAUGCUCUUGAAUCGCUGCAUUACGAGGUGGAGCUCGCCAUCGUCAUCGGGCGUAAGGCUCGUGAUGUCGCUGAGUCCUCCGCCAUGGAUUACGUUGGAGGAUAUGCAUUGGCGUUAGAUAUGACCGCCAGAGAAAUCCAAGAUUCAGCGAAGUCAGCUGGUCUACCAUGGAUAGUGGCCAAGGGGCAGGACACCUUCACUCCAAUAAGUGAAGUGUUGCCUAAAUCAAUGGUAGCAGAUCCCCACAACAUAGAGUUAUGGUUAAAGGUUGAUGAUGAAAUCAAGCAGAAAGGUUCAACCUCGGAUAUGAUCUUUAAGCUUCCUUUCCUCAUCAGCCAUAUAAGUUCCUUUUUUACGCUAAUGGAAGGAGAUGUCAUUUUAACAGGUACCCCUCAAGGGGUUGGCCCUGUAAAAACAGGACAAAAGAUCACUGCAGGGAUUACAGGUCUCAUUGAUGUCCACUUUGAUGUCCAGAAGCGCAAAGCACCAAUCAUACACUGAAAUUCAAGUUGGAAACCUUAUGCUCAGUACUAGAGAUUGUUGUGAAACAAUAAUACAAUUCUCUCUUCAUGCAUAUCCCAAAUAAAUAUUUAGGGCAUGUUUGGUGACCUCCAAUGGAUAUAACUGGAGUAAUGUUUGUACCUUGUUUGCUUAUGACUAAAUUUAUAUGUACACUGAAAUAUGUAUUUCUAGGCCUUUGUUGUUGUUGUUGUUAUAUAAAUGCAGAUAAACCACGAAACACUAAA